AUUAAACUCGAGGUCAAAGAUAAAUUGAUAGUAUUUUUUUGAAAUGGUAACACGAAAUAAAUGUUUUUAUUGUAUGCAAAAAAAAAACUGCAUAGAUUUUAUCCAUCGCUCUAGAUGUUAAACCAUUUGAAAGUCAUUAUCACUAAUUAAUAAUCAAUUAUCAUAUUAAUGCAGACUUUUGUGAGAUUAAAAUAUUUGCGUAAUACUCAAACUUGAAUUGUUAUUUAGGACUGAUAGUAGUGUGUCUUCAAAAUAAUCGUAUUUUUUCAACAGGCGUUUACAUAAAAUUCAUUUUACUAAAUUAACAUUAGAUUGAAAACUUUGUAAGACUUAAAUGGCAAUCAACGUGUCGUUCUUAUUGUGUACGUGAAUUUAUUACAUUUCGAAUUAUUAAUGUUCAAAAUAAAUAUUCACAUAGAAAUUUAAUUGCUGGAUUUUCUUCCUAAUGUUAUGGGCGUACGUUUCGCACAUGAGUUUUUAAUUGAUGUGCCGGUAACGCGUACGUGUUCCCUGAUGAGUAUUUACCAACGUUAAAGUGUCUUCCAUUUAGCCGUUAUGGGUGUGCGUAUUGUGCAGACAAUUAAUUCGGCGUAAUUAAACAUUUUUGUCGCAAGCUUUAGGGCAGGACUCGUAUUGUUCAAACCUACUAGUGUACCUAUCCGAAUUAUUGUCAUCUUUCACAUAAUCAUGUUACUCGUGUGUGUGUAUCCUAAUGCGUGUUCACGUGAGCUCAAUGUCAAAUGUUACUGCAGCUCAUCUUGUGAUGGAUAGUAGAAGGGGUUUAAACACGAUAUUGGUAUGAACGAUACGCUACCAUGAGUGCCGCCGUCGCAGUGUUGUUUUAGCGGUCGACCUCAUUGGCGGUUUUUUACCAUACGUGCCUAACGAGUGCAGUUAAGCCUGUUUAAAAUGUUAUUUCCCCAGAGAAAGUUGACUUAAUAUACAUUUUGUUUAAUCGGUGAGAGUUCUUCGAACAGAAUUGCAAACAUUUUGGCAAUUGGAAACUAUGCCCGUACCAAAUAGAAUAACAGUAGAAAAAGAACCAAAUAAAAAACAAAGAAGAUGGUCACUGCUCGGCAUUUUAUCAAAGAAAAAAAAAUCAAAAUCUAGUCAAGAAAGUAUAGAUUUUUGCCCGUACGAUGGAAAAAUCAAUCGGAAUGUUGCAAAAAAUAAUUACUUAGAACGUUCGGAUAGUAAUGACUGCAUUAUUCAACAGUAUAAAUGCAGUCCCAGGCCUAUAAAAAGGUGUAAUUCGAUGCAACACACUAGUCCGUUAUCGGCUUGCUCGAGUGUUAUCGGGCGGCCUUCGUCGAGCGACUGGAGACUAUCCCAACAGUCUGUAUACAGUAAUAGCUCAAGUGGUGUUUGCUACAGUGACACCGGUUUAUAUAAAAAUGGUACUGCAGUUCGUAAAACUUAUGAAAAUGGUUACACGUCUCCUUACAGUAAGCCCGUUCGAUGUUCGUCAGAAGUGGGCCAAUAUAAAACUGACAGUAUCUCAAAAUCAGCAAGGUACGCUAAUUGUAGCGUCCCUGCUCCAAAAAAACUCAUAGGAAAGAAAAUACCGCCACCGCCUCCUCCUAGAAAUCCUAACAUUAAGGCAGUGUUUUACUUUGAUAACAAUCGUCUGGUAUCGAGGGAGUCGGAUUCAAAUUAUUUUUCUUUGAGUUCAGACGGCUACAGCCCAACGUACCAGCUUGGUGAAAGCAAUACGUUGGACGAUGACGUUUUUGGAUACGACGAUUACUACAGUAAUUGUUUUAAAUCCAAAAUUGAAGAACCCCCUAGAAGCAGGCGGCCAAUUCAAAUGGUUGAUGCCGAAACUCUGUCGUCAGAAUGUGCGAAGAAAAAGCAACCGAAAAAACAGACUGCCGAAGAAGCCAUCCGAGAGUUAGAGGAUAUUUACAAUAGCUUAGGACUGAGCGACGAUGACGACUUAUUAGAUAGAGCCGAACGUCGCGAUCUUCCCACAGCUCAUCAAAACAUGCGGUACCUCCAAUCCACUGCUGACGAAGCCGAUAGCAAAACGUGUGACAAGAAAGUAGUGGCCAGGUCGCCGCGGCGGUCUGGCGUCCCAGACGUUGUAGCCGACGAUAUGGCCUAUCGAAGGUUAAACCGCAGAGAGUCCAAAAAGCACAGUUCCGUGUUUACCGGCAGUUUCUUAUUAGUCUUGCCGUCGGCGUACAACAUCGAUAAAAACUCGACUGUAGCUGGCGAACCUGACGUCACGUUGGACGACGUCGUGUACCGGAGCCGAAAACGUAACCGCAAUUUUCUCAGGAUACCCGACCGUCAACCUCCGUUCGGUAUACCGCUGGGUCCUAUCGUUGGCGCCGCUCCUAGCGACUACUUGCACGCCGUACCCGAAGGCCGGUACAAGCCGACGUUUCACUCUCGGAGGACACCCGAUACGGUGGAAGACGACUUGGCGUUCCGCAAUCUCCGCAAAGACGGUUGCAAGACCGGCGGUGUUUACUUCAACAUGUCUUUCGUCCACAGGGAUAGGUUUAGGAUUAACGGCGCCGUCAUUCCUGGUAUUAUCAACAAGCUGAUAAAAGAUGACGCGCACUGGAUCGUCAAAGACCCAUUAGCUGUGGAUCGGCCGACGGCAAAUAAACGUACUGAUGUGAUGGUGGUUAAGGUCGACCGAUGCAAGCCGAUCGUACUGACCGGGUUCACGCUGGACGAAGCCGACCGUAUGAGUAAGUCGCUUAUUUGCACAAAAUUACCGAGAUCACUCCGCGAGCAUGAGCCUCACAAGAAACGCUUGUCCGACAGGCGAACAAUAAGUAACAGUGUUCGUACUAAUAACCCUCCUGCACCGUAUGUAGUACAGUUAAAAGCAAGUAGACCGCGGACAGAUAUACCUUUAACCGCACAGCCGCCCGUAAAACGUUCUUUAAUUAACGAAGGAACAGUUAACGAAGCGAUAGAAACGACGACGGGCCAACCGCGAAUCGACCAAGUUACCACCAGUUUAGACGAUACGGACGUCGUUCCGGUCUGCAUCAAAGGACAUUCGAGUUUCAGGGAACUCAUCCAGCGCGAAUACGCUAACAGAUACUCGUCGGAACCCAUCGACUCGGACUCUCUGAGUUUGGUGGUCCAAGGCGAUUGCCGCCGGUGCACGUCAACGGAACUGCCUGUAACUGACACCGAAACAAAUAAUAUGUCAACACCUACUGAAAAAAUUGUAGGCCACGGGACGGAAACGGACGAAGGACAUUGUGUAGUCUCGGCCGUUCCCAAUGACGUCUCGGCGCCAGAUGAACGUCAUCGACAGGACGGAGCACAGACUGAAUCGCUCAAAAGCUCCACUUCAGUGACGGCUCUGGUGCCAUGGUCAGCUGGGACGGCCUGUCCUACCGCUCAAACGCCCGGAUACCUGGAGGUGUGCUUGUAUUUAACUGUAUGCCUUUAUCAGCUGUUUAGCGUUAAUACGUACAGCACUCUAAUAGCAUUUAUUUUACUUGUCGCUUUACACAUCUGUAGACGCAAUUCGCGAUAACCAGACCUUUGUAAAAAAAAAUAAUUAUAAUAAUCAUUUUUUAAAAACCGAUAUUGUUGUUCAGGCUUUUUGUUGCUUUUUUGUUUGUUUGUAAUAUUAUUAUUAUUUAUUAUUUAUUUAUUUAUUUAUUCAAUGCCACUGGGUGUAGUCAACCAAAAAUAUAAUAUACUUAUUUGUGUGA